CCCGAGGACAUCGGCCAGUCCCCCAUGGCCUCCAUGCCCGACGGGGACAAAGUCGACCUGGAGGCGUUCAGCGAGUUUACAAAAAUCAUCACCCCGGCCAUCACCCGCGUGGUCGACUUUGCCAAAAAACUGCCCAUGUUUUCGGAGCUGCCUUGCGAGGACCAGAUCAUCCUGCUCAAGGGGUGCUGCAUGGAGAUCAUGUCGCUGCGGGCGGCCGUGCGCUACGACCCCGAGAGCGAGACGCUGACGCUGAGCGGGGAGAUGGCGGUGAAGCGAGAGCAGCUCAAGAACGGCGGCCUCGGCGUCGUCUCCGAUGCCAUCUUCGACCUGGGCAAGUCCCUCUCUGCCUUCAACCUGGACGACACCGAGGUGGCCCUGCUCCAGGCCGUGCUGCUCAUGUCCUCAGACCGGACGGGGCUGAUCUGCGUGGAGAAGAUCGAGAAGUGCCAGGAGACGUACCUGCUGGCCUUCGAGCACUACAUCAACUACCGCAAACACAACAUUCCCCACUUCUGGCCCAAGCUGCUGAUGAAGGUGACGGAUCUGCGG